AUGUCAGCGGCUCUGAAGGUUGCCCUUAAUUUUUAUGCCUUGGGUUUGUUCCAGGGGUCUGUGAGAAAUCUUUGUGGAGUGUUGCAAUCCGCAGUGCACAGCUGCAUCAAACUAGUGACAGAUGCACUGUUUGGAAGAGUAAACACCUUUAUUCACGACAAGACUGGUGAGGGCUGUCAGGCAGAGCGAGCCAGAAGUUUCACAGCCGUAGCAGGCUUUCCAUGGAUUCAGGGAUCCUUUGACUGCAAACAUGUGCCCAUCAAGGCACCUGUGGGAGAGUCAGGGGCCUUUGAAUGGAAAGGGGUUCCACUUCUGAAUGUUCAGAUAGUGUAUGAUCACAAGCAUGAGAUUCUGCAGGUUUGUGCCAGGUAUCCUGGAAGCUGCCAUGAUGCGUACAUCUUGCGUCACUCCCAGAUGCCAAGGCUGUUCAUAGCUCCAGCCUGGUUGGAUGGCUGGCUGCUGGGGGACAAAGAAUAUCCACUCAAAAGGUGGCUGAUGACACCACGAGGACACCUAUGGAUGCCUGUGAAGGAGAGGUACAAAAGGAGUCAUGCCUCCUCAAGGGCCAUCAUUGAGAAGACAGUAGGCCUCCUCAAAAUGAGGUUUCACUGUCUGGACUGCUCAGGAAGAUCUCUGCAAUAUCUUCUGGAAAACAUUUCCCUUAUGGUGGUUGUCUGCUGCACUUUUCACAUUCUGGGCCUCUCAAGGACAGAGCAGAUGGAGGAUGAAGGCAGUGACGUUCUUCCAGAAGCUGCUGAGGAUGAAUCCAGUGCUGAAUCUGAGGAGGAGCCUUCUCAGCGCCAGUCUGAUGAAGAAGAUCUAGCAAUGAGGAUGUUUAUGGAAGCUGGGGAGACCAGGGAGGCCUUGAUUCAGUGGAGUUUCCAGUAG